AUGCCCGGCAAUGAUAUUGAGAAGGCAAAAGCAGACAUCUUUUCUGAAGCAAUCUAUGACUUAGAAAACGCGUUUAUCCGUGCAGUUGCCGACCCAGACAAAAACCAACAGGUAAAGCAUGAUUAUCAUCAUCAUCAUCAUCAUCGUCAUCAUCAUCAUUAUUAUUAUUACUUUCUUCUUUAUUUUUAUACCAUAAUACAACAUAAUAGCCGAGCCCAUUCCUAGGGCCUAGGGUUAGAAUGAGGUAGAAGUCUAUUUGAUGGAGACUGUCUUAGGAUGUGAGUUGUUGUUACUAUUAUUAUUAUUAUUAUUAUUAUUAUUAUUAUUAUCCGUCUCAAUGUACUUCCGUUUGAAUUUGAGUUGCUAAAAAGCCCAAAAGAAUUCAUUAAAGUUCUCUAUAACAUAUGAAAUGUAUAACAACACGUACACAAUCAAUAUUUCUUUCCGAUGAUGUUUUCUUUUCCUUUUGUUGCUUUCCAAAAUUUUAAACCUUAUUUUAAGAGAGGAUGAACUAUAGGUACUCGAACUGAUUGCGCUUUCCUUUUUUAAAUAAAAUUAUAGAGAGUUUUGAUGGCCAAGUUCAAAUCAGAAACAGCACCUAAGGCAUCCGUCUACCUGGAAAAAUUUCUGGAUAAAAAUCCUAAAGAUGAAGUGUUCUGCGUUGAAAAUAAGGUAAGUUCACAUAGAGAGCUUUUCUACCCGGCGGACUAACACGGGAAUAAAAUGUUUUUGGGUAUCCUAGCCAUCCUUUCUGCUUUGCAUUUCUAGGAUGACAGCGUCUCGGUUUUCUUCUUGUUUAACAGCUGAGUUAUGCAGACAUCAGUUUCUUCGCAUUCUUUAACAGUUACCUUGGUGGUGGUGAGUUGGAAGUACCAGAAGCUUUGAAAGACCAUCCGCGCCUUACAACGCUGUACGAAAAAGUCAGGGACGAACCCAAGAUCAAAGCGUGGAUUGAGAAACGUUCAAAGACACCUCUGUGAUGAGCCUGUAAAAUCCUUUGACGUUAGUCAGGAGCCUAGAACUAAUUAGACUUCGAGUAGUCCCCAUUUUUCGCUCGCUCUACUAUGCCUGAGGAAAAAUGGGGACUUCUCGUAGUCUAAGUACUGAUAGGCUAAUUAAUCUACUAUGAUAUAACGAACGCACCGGCCUUUUACUGUUGUAGUCCUGAAUGUGGCUUGAAUUAGUAAAUCCUGCAGGAUCAUUUGUUUUGGUAUCUGAAUAAAGCCUACUGAAUAACUGUCUAAAAGUUUUAUUCAACUGGACAAUUUUAACCAAAAACUACCCGCUCCCGUCAAGGUUUGUCCCCCAUUACCGGGUUAAACUACCAGGAGCCUGGUCCCAGCUUCUAGUGCUCAGGCCUCAAAACAGUCAAAAGUAAGAAAAGGAGUCCAGUCCACAAAUUUGUACAAUUGCGUUUUUGAAAGAGAAGUUAGGACAUUUCACGUUUCUCAUCCCACACGCAAUAACUGAAAUUGCAGGCCCCUUGGGUCCAUUGUGGAGUAAAGGCAUGAGAUAGCAAUUUCUGGCGAACACGUGAUCAACUUUCUCGAAACUUUCCCACAUGAAGUCAUGGUUUGCAACUGGUUUUUCGACUUUGUCCACGGACCAAAAGAGAAAUAUACACAUCAAUCCCAAGAACGUUUAUCUUGUGUUUGUUUUUGUUUUUCUCUUUCAGAGCGAGACAAGAAGAGACUUUUAAGACUCCUGAUCUGUUACGAAUCAUGUUUUUUUGUUAUAAAACAAAGAGUAAAAGUGAGUUGUUGUGUGUACCCGCCUUCUAGCCCUCAGUCCUUGGCGAUCUGUCGUAUGCGUGACAGUAAUCGGCGCGACUGUCAGAAGGUAAUAUUUUUGUAAUAUAAUGCAUAACGUAUUUCACCCCCCACUGGCUCAACUACAAUAACGACCUGAUCUUAUAGAUCCGAUAUGCUGUAAUUUUUGCAUGGUUAUGUCCAUGUUUUUGAGGUUGGUUUUGAUCAAUCCUUUAUUUUCUCCGCGAGAUAUCAACUUGACACUUGGACUCUUGCCCUCCAGAAGACACGUGAUAUGGCGUGAUUCUCAGGUAUACUGAAGAGUUACAAUAAUAGCGAAACAGCUGUCUAUGGCUACAAUCCCGCUUUGUUUUGAGUUCUUUCGGUGUCGUGUUGAUGUCCUGUAAAGGUAACCUUUACCUAGUACGAUCCGUAUUGCAGUAUUCUGCUUGCAAAAUUUAAAUUGUCUACUUGUUAUUUUUGCUGAUCAGGUCUUUAUAGUUCCUACGUUAUUCGGCAUAUUCGUGUGCGGUCCUUUGCAGUCCUUUUGUGGUAAAAUGUUUGUACUCCAACUACAAUAGCCGUUCUUAUAUUUCCCAUUACGUGCCCCCCCCCCCACCUCCUCCCUCCAGAAGAGCACCCCAGGAGUUAACUAUCAAGACAAUCCGGAAGACCUCUGGGUCACACACUGACAGUUGAUGCAUCACAGUUUUGGCCGUCUUAAAUUUACGGCGUGUUUGUGUACUAUAUAUUCGUAUUCUACACACGUUUGUCCUGAUCUUCCAGACUUUCCUUAACGAGAUGCCUCAAUACAAGUUAACUUACUUUCCAAUCCGUGGCAAAGCCGAAUGUAUCCGGAUAGUCUUCGCAAUCGCUGGCGUCGAAUUCGAAGACGUUCGCGUUCAUCCACAAGAUUGGCCAAAGCUCAAAGAAUGUAGGUAUUACAACAUUUUAAAGCAAAGAACAUUAUCACGGACGUUUUAUACCCAAUCGCGUUCUUAGGUUGAUCUCUUAUUCCAUGAUUGUUUCUUUUUUUGAUUUAUUAUGAGGGUUAGGGUCAAAGCGAUAGCCUGUUCCAGGCUUGGAACAGGCUAUCAAAGCGACUGUAUUUGUCUCAAAUCAGAAUUUACUCUAUGAGAUUAAUUGACUGAUAAACGCAGGUCUGUAUGUGUUUCAAAUUGCGUAGUCUCAACGCGAUACUCAAGAAAGAAACAGCUUAUCACUGGGAUAUCGGAACCUUUCAUUUCAUCCUCCGGUUGGCAUGACUGAAUAUUUGAACCUUGUUUAAAAUAUGGACACCGUCCAAAGAGACCAAAGGGACACUGAUCAAAGUGUCAGUUGUACAGCAGAGGGGUCUGGCUUAAGAGGGAGGAAAUGAAUAACGUUUGGUAUGUUUGAGACUAAGAGAACAAGCCGUAACAUAGGAGUGCCCGCAAGGACAGGUUCAACUGUAUGUAUUAUCCUAAAACAAGUGAAAUCUCAUUUAGACUUAUCGUUCAUGGGCCAUUUUGUACUAAGAAAGGAAUGUUUGUUUUAAUGAUUUGUUUUCAUAGUAGCUUAUUAAUUUCGUGAUCUUUGGCAGUGGUUCAUUUCUUUUGUUUUGGGAUUUUUUCUCAUCGAUUUUUUUUGUACUCAGACCUUUUGUUGUGAAAGCUUCUAGACCGGAUCUUUUGUGAAAGGAGCUCUGUGAUCGUAUUUUUCGGUCGGUAGGACAGCACUGUUGGACCAUAAAAAUUGUAAUUGACAGAUAUCACACAUAUUUACUCGAAUGUGACGACAUUUAACAAAAGCGUUACUGUUUGACAGAUGAGUUGAUUGCUUUUUCGGUCUCACAAGAUAUUUGACUGAUCGUGUUAAAAACGGUAAUUGGAGAAGAUAACGACUAGGAACUGGUGACUAAACUUAUCAUCGUCAUCAUCACUAUUCAGUGCAAAGUGGAUGGUUUUACAAGGGGUAUUUUGGCGACUCGAUAGCCUGCGAAAACAUCCGUUUCUCCUCGCUCUUCGCCGCAGGGGAGGCCAGCGACUCGAGAGUGGCCCUAUCUUGUCUAGCCUCCCACGCAGACGAACGAACCCCUAAGAACGUCUACGUGGGAGGCUAUAUUUUGUCCUCGUGAAAUGUGAAAUGGGUAGUUUUUCCUCGCGAAUCGAGAUUUCCAUAGUUAAACGUGAUUUUGCAAAAUAAUUCCUUCGUGAAGCGAAAAAUAAAUGAACCUUUAAUUUCGCUGUGUCUGUUAUUUUCGUGAGUGUAAAAGGUCUGUCAUAUUUCCCGUGAAACGUGAUCAAUUACACCACCCACCCCCCCACCUUUACCACCCUCUGAAGCAUGUGGCUCUGCUCAUUUUUUGAGGCAUUGACUUUCACUGUAUAAGCGUAAGUAUAUAAGUGCUUCAAAAACUGAGGUUAUAAAUACAUUUGUUACAUUUUAUCCCUUCAGCUGGAUUAAGCCCUUCAGGUCAGCUUCCUAUUCUGGAAGUGAACGGGCAGAUUCUAACACAGUCCAAAGCUAUUCUAAGUUAUGUGGCUAAGGAACUUGGUUAGUACCAUUUUUAAAUUUGUAUUUUAAUCAGUACAGUAGAAUGUUUUUCCCUCUCCGAGAGUUGGUUAUCACGGGAGAGUUGGAUAACUAAGGUUACUCCACGAUGAGGGGGAGGAAAAAAAGUAGAGGAAGAAAAAAUAAUAACGUUAAAUCGUGCAUGAAGCGGUUGCAAUAAUGACACUUCUUUAGUUCAGAGAAUUGUUUAAGCAAAGUGGUCACCAAGAAGAAAAUCAGUUUUUUUUAGUUCUUGGCAAUACGGGUAUAAUGCAGUCGUAAAUAUAACCUAGAAAGCAGUUUUACUUUUGUGGUUUAUUGAGGUUUGGCCCCAGAAGACAAUUUUCAGCUUGCUCAAGCCGACAUGUUAGCUGGUGUGAUCUCAGAGUUAGAAGAUAAGCUAAACGCAGCCUUCGCCAACGAAGACCAAGAAAAAAAGGCGAGGAACUUACAUCUACAAUAAUAUUGCACUGUUAAGUAAAUGUUGUAGUGGCCUAGAUUGCAGCUGGGAAUUUAGCUCCGUCGUUAGCCUGCGUAGCUGGCGGAAUGGUUUUUUGAGCGUGUGAGAAUUUUGGUGGCGAAGCGAGGGCAAAAACGUCUCCUUCCCAUUCUCCGCACGGUUUUGCAGCUCCUCUUUCCUCCUAACCUUUCCUCGCGCGCGAACGAUCCCGCUGGUAACGCAGGCUAAUCGAUCGUUAGGAGUUGAAUUGCUGUUUUGCCUUUCUCGUAUAGCUUUAUUUCCGCCCACUCCACGUUACCUUCCAACUAAUUAUUGCUGUAUGGACGUUCCUAAGGUUUCCUAAGUUUUCAAAGCAGAUACUGACACAAUUUUUAUUAUUAUUAUAUUUAAACAAUUAACCGUGUUUGAUUAUUUUUUGGAAAGCCCCUGAAAUUUGUUCUUUUCUUUAUAGGAAAAAGCUCUCACGGCUGUUCGUGAGCUUCUUGUUAGCAGAUGCGAAUAUUUUGAGAAGCUCCUGGCUACUAACAAUAAGAGGGGAUUUUUCUUUGGAGAAAAGGUUGAUAAGUAAAUCUAUAGUGAACAGUGACUUCUAUUUUAAGUUAGGCAAGUAGUCCAUUUUGUGCUAGCCUGCGAGUAGGCUCACUUGUGCGAGUUCAGGGGAAAUUUUGGCCCGCUCGCAAGCUACUUUUUGUCCCUAAUUUCUCCAAAGGGAGGAAAAGUCUGAGUGUAAACAGGAGGUCAGGUGAGGAAGGGAAAGAGAAGAAGUUGUUUUCCUCCUCAGUUUUUUCCCCCUUACAUCCAUAUGCAUCGGUAAUGAUUAUGAUUAUUAUUAUCUAUCGAACGUCUCUAUAUAGAAAGUUGGCCGGGUAUGUGCUUGGGGCCAACCUUAUCCCAGGGCUUUUUAAUUGCCGUUACAAAAUGGGAGGGACCUUUUCUCGCCCUCCCAUUUUCUAGGGAAAAAUCCCAGGAACAAAGUUGGGUUGGAGUCGGAGCCCUUGCCGAGGAACAACAAGACUAUUUCGUCUAUCUUUCGUUCCCUGUUAUGACAAGCCUUCCGGAGAAUUUUAGCUGUUCCAUAUUAACUCGAUUUCUGCGUUUUUCCAACGAUUCCCAGCUCUCUCAAAAGCUAUUGAUGUCUUGUGGUAACGGAUCCAGCUCCAAUCACAAAUAGAACACUGUUCAUUCGAUAGAAGAAUCAAGUAAACAACUCUGAAGUCGUGUUGGUAGUCACUGUUAAGAGGCUAUUGGUACACCAUUAGAUCGACCUAGAAACAAAAAUACAAAUGCGGUAUCGCUAUAUGAUUUCGUUUAAUGAUAAACUAAUACAAGAAUACUUAUUUUUUGCAAUAACUACUCCUACAUUUUUUUCUUUAGCUAACCUACGCAGAUGUUGUGGUGUUCGCGUUUCUAAACAGCCAUUUACUAAAGGGCAAAGCAGAAGGGAUCCCUGAGCUGCUUAAAGACUUUCUGGCCUUAUCCGCUUGGUAUGAGCUGGUCAGAACCCAACCCAAGAUUUUAGAAUGGCUGAAAAACCCUCCAGCAGAUAUCAUCGAUUAUGUUUACUGAGAAAUGAAAAGGAACUCACAGGAUAACCUUGCUUGCAGAUGAGACAGAAAAAUGUUAAAGUAGAUAUUAGGGCCGUUUAUACGAGAAAAAUAACACGCGAAAAUAUAAGACGCGCCCUAAAUAAGAGGCAAACUAUCUCGUAUAAACGGCACAUUGCGUUUGAAUUCUAGCUAAGACGCGUCUUAUCUAAGAACAGCCCCUAACACCUGUUCUUCGAUAAGACGCGUCUUAGCUAAGUCUUGUUUAGGACGCGUCUAAAGAAAGACGCGUCCUAUUGUUCCUGGUCUAAAUAGCCCUAAUUUUU